GCCUUCAGGAGGCUGGAAGUGUGCUGGUUAUUGAGCAGAAGUCAUGUUCGGCUCGUCGAGAUCUGGAGGGGUGAGAGGGGGUCAGGACCAGUUCAACUGGGAUGAAGUGAAAGUGGACAAACACAGAGAGAACUAUCUGGGGAACUCCCUCAUGGCGCCGGUUGGACGCUGGCAGAAGGGCAAGGAUUUGUCGUGGUAUGCCCGCGAUAAGAAGGGUGGCGCAGCUGUGUCUAAAGAGCAGGAGAUGGCAGCGGUGCGGGAGGCGGAGCACGAGGCCAUGUUGGCAGCACUGGGACAUAAAACCAUCAAAAAACAACCAACUGGUCUUACCAAAGAGGAUCUUGCAGAUGUGUGCAGGAGGGAAGGAGAGGGGGAGGAACGGGACGUGGACCGGGUCUCUGGGCUCGGAAGCUCCAGGGCCGGAGCAAGAGGAAUGUUGCUUUCCAAGCAAGAAAAAGAAGCUGUAAAAAUGGGUUUGCCGGUUUUCACGCAUCAUAAAGCUGACAGACCGCAAGAAGCCGCUAAGACGCCGGAGGAGGCCAACAGACAUGAUAAAGGAGACAAAAGAUCUGACAGCAAAAAGAAGAGUAAAAAGGAAAAGAAGAGUAAGAAGGAGAAAAAGAAGAAAAAGGAGAAGUCGAAACACCGAAGCAGAAGGGACUCUUCAGAUUCGGACUCUGAAAUGUACAGUAAAAGGCCGAGAAAAGAUUCCCGGGACCACCAUGGUCCUAAUCCAUCAAGGAGCAGUCAGAGUGGAGCCGGAGCCUGUGACAGCCAUUCAGGAGGAGGGCCAAAGGCUGACCGCAGGACACCGGCCCCCCCUCGCCAGCGGCACGACACGGACUCGUCCUCUGAUGGACCACGGUCCCCGUCACCAGGCUACCGGCGGCGCCACCGCACCGGCUCAGACCCCUGAUGCCCCGUCCACACCUCCUCACCCCGAGAAUGGAUCUUUGUCAAGCUCUGGACGACUUAGGCCACGAGACAUGGCAGCUCAGCGCGCACAGAUUCAUAUGCAGCAACACCAGUGAGGACUUCUGGGUACAUUCCACCUGAAUAUCAUGUAAAUGUGGAGUAAAACUUUACCUUCAGGCACAGCACUCUUAUUCUGG